CCCUCCCUUCCCAGACUUCCCUCCUUCCCACGGAGGGAGGGAGCUGGGCAGAGGACACUGCGACCGAGACGGACGUUCUUUCAUGCCGUGACUUUCGCCUCGUGGAGCCACGAUGAACUUGGCGGAGGACGGAGCAUCCAAGCGCUACUGCAUCCGGCCCAAGCAUGUGGCCAUCAUCUGCGCCGCGGUGGUGGCCGUGGGGCUCAUUGUGGGGCUCUCCGUGGGCCUGACCCGGACCUGCCCCCCGCCUCCCGAGACAGAGGACCGCCCCACCGACCCGACCGCCGGGCCCCCGCAGAACGUGGGGGCCUGCCCGGCCAGCGAGGAGGGCGGGCCGUGGACCGCGUUCCGGCUGCCCGCGUUCCUCACCCCCCAGCACUACGACCUGGAGGUGCAGCCCCGGCUGCCGGAGGACACGUACUCGGGCACCGUGAGCAUCACCCUGCAGCUGACCCAGGCCACGUCCCACCUGUGGCUGCACCUGCGCGAGACCUGGCUCUCGCAGCUGCCCCGGCUGCGGGGCUCGUCCGGGGCGCAGCUGGCCGUCCGGCGCUGCUUCGAGUACCGGGCGCAGGAAUUCGUGGUGGUGGAGGCGGCGCAGGAGCUGCAGCCCGGGCCCUACGUCCUCACGCUGGACUUCGCCGGCUGGCUCAACGGCUCGCUCGUGGGCUUCUACCGAACCACCUACGUGGAGAACGGCCAAGUCAAGAGCAUAGCAGCCACGGACCACGAGCCCACCGAUGCCCGGAAGUCCUUCCCAUGCUUUGAUGAGCCUAACAAGAAGGCAACAUACAACAUUUCCAUUGUCCAUCCCAGCGACUACAAAGCGCUCUCCAACAUGCCCGUGCUGGACUCGGUGAAUCUGAACAAUGGCUGGGUCCGGACUCGCUUCCAAAAGUCGGUGCCCAUGAGCACCUACCUGGUAUGCUUUGCUGUGCACCAGUUCGCCGAAGUGACUAGAACAUCGGCGAGGGGCAUCCCGCUCACCGUGUACGUCCAGCCAGGACAGCUGCACACCGCUGAGUAUGCCGCCAAUGUCACUAAGAUUGUGUUUGACUACUUUGAAAACUACUUCGGCAUGGAGUACAGUCUUCCUAAGUUAGAUAAAAUUGCUAUUCCAGACUUCGGAACAGGGGCCAUGGAGAACUGGGGGCUCAUUACCUACCGAGAGACCAGCCUCCUCUAUGACCCCAAAGAAUCGGCAUCUUCAAAUAAGCAGAGAGUGGCUAGCGUGGUAGCUCAUGAGCUUGUACACCAGUGGUUCGGAAACAUCGUGACCAUGGAUUGGUGGGAGGAUCUGUGGCUCAAUGAAGGUUUUGCAUCUUUCUUUGAGGUCCUGGGUGUCCACCAGGCUGAAGGCACCUGGCAGAUGCGAGAGCAGAUGCUGCUGGAAGACGUGUUGCCUGUGCAGGAGGAUGAUUCUCUGAUGUCCUCUCACCCCAUCAUUGUCACCGUGAGCUCUCCAGCGGAAAUUACGUCUGUCUUUGACGGCAUCUCGUACAGCAAGGGAGCCUCCAUUCUGAGGAUGCUCGAAGACUGGAUAACACCAGAGAAAUUCAAAGAAGGAUGCCAGAUUUAUUUAAAAAAAUACAAGUUCCAGAAUGCUAAAACUUCGGAUUUCUGGGCAGCCCUUGAAGAGGCAAGUGGCCAGCCAGUGAAAGAAGUUAUGGACACAUGGACUAAUCAGAUGGGCUACCCUGUGCUGGAUGUCACCGGCAGGACUGUUGUUCAGAAACGUUUUCUGUUGGAUUCCAAAGCUGACCCUACCCAGCCCCCUUCAAACUUUGGCUACACCUGGAAUAUUCCAGUUAGAUGGAGUGAAGGUCAGCAGUCAGCUAUUAAAGUCUACGGUCGGUCAGAUACAGGAGGAAUCCAUCUAGAACCUCAGAGUUCCGGGGGAAAUGCUUUUCUCAAAAUCAACCCAGACCACAUUGGCUUUUAUCGGGUCAAUUAUGAAGAGCCUGUGUGGACCCGGUUAGCUGACAGUCUCCAAAACAACAACGAGAGUUUCUCUUCGGCUGAUCGUGCAAGUUUUAUUGAUGAUGGUUUUGCCCUGGCAAGAGCUCAGCUUAUCAAGUACAGCAGUGCCCUAAAUUUGACCAGGUAUCUUCAUACCGAAAAAGACUACCUCCCCUGGCAGAGAGCCAUUUCGGCUGUGACCUAUGUCAUCAGCAUGUUUGAAGAUGAUAAUGAGCUGUACCCUAAGAUCGAGGCAUAUUUCCAAGGAAAAGUGAAGCCGAUUGCUGAUGACCUGGGUUGGACUGAUGAAGGAGAACACGUUCAAAGGUUGCUUCGUGCCUCAGUGUUGGGGUUUGCCUGCAAAAUGAAAGACCCCACAGCCUUGAAUCAGGCUUCUGAUGAAUUCCAGAAGUGGCUGAAUGACCGCCAAUACAGUAUCCCGGUGAACCUCCGGCUCCUGGCCUACCGGUAUGGGAUGCAGAGAUCUGGCAACGAGUCAUCGUGGAACAAAGUCCUGGAACUAUAUCAGGAAACGCCCCUGGCACAGGAGAAGGAAAAGCUGCUGUACGGGCUGGCAUCAGUCAGUAAUGUCACGCUACUGUCCAGGUUUUUGGAAUUGGUCAAGGACCCAAACGUGAUUAAAAGUCAGGACGUGUUCACAGUCAUCCGCUACGUUUCCUACAACCCCUAUGGGAAGGUCAUGGCCUGGAACUGGCUACAGCUCAACUGGGACUAUUUGAUUGACAGAUUCACGAUCAAUGACAGAACUUUUGGCCGGAUUGUUACCAUAGCAGAACCUUUCAACACUGAGCUCCAGCUCUGGCAGAUGGAGAGUUUUUUUGCCAAGUACCCAGAAGCGGGAGCAGGAGAGAUGCCUCGAAAGCAAGUGUUGGAAACGGUGAAGAACAAUAUCGAGUGGCUGAAGCUCAACAAAGAGAGCAUCAAGACGUGGUUUGAGAAUAUUUAGCUGGGAAUGGCAUCUUUUUUGAUGUGCAUAUGCUAUUUCUCCUACCGGGGCACAUAGGUGGCCUAACUUUGAAGCCUUCUGCAGGAAAUCUACUACUUAUUUUUUUCUUCUAAAUACUGUGGUGUUUUAUCUUUCAAAACCUUUUUUCCCCCCCAUUGUUCCUCUGUCUAUGAAGGAAGACCUAAGAGUAGUGAACAUACUCAGGGAUUUCUAAGUGUACUUCAUGGGAGAGUCUUCACAAACAAAAGAGAUGUGAGGUGCCAUGUUCAUAUCCUGAACUUUCAUUGUUUGCAGCUGAAAUCUGUGAAAAUAGACCAAAUAGGUCUGAGCUUUAUGCUUUUUAUUACCAAAGAAACUCCCACUUGACCUCCUCUCUUGAUUGAGUUUUAAAGUAGAAAUAUCAGGUCCUGGAGGGACCAACAUUUACCGUCAUUUUUAUUUUAUUGCUCAGAAUGACACAGCCUUAAUAUCACAGUAUUCACCACACAGGCUCUUACUCCUUUCAGUUCUAACAGAAUAACCCUCAUGCUGCAAAUUCAAGAACCAGCACAAGAUGUGGUUGGUUGAAUGUUGCCUUUGCUUUCUAAAAUCAACAAACAAACUCGCCUUUUAAAAAUAAAUCUAGUGAUAACCUUGAAAAAUAAAUAACAA